AUGAGAUUCAACCAUCUACUCCCAGUUCUCCCCUUCGCUGGGCUGACGCUUGGGUGCAACCACCAUCACGACGACAAGAAAUGGACUGCUGAGGAGUUGGCCGAACUCGAAGCCAAAUGGGGCUUCGAUUGGGCAUUCGGCGGCAUUGGCACGUUCGCGCACCUCAAUCAUGUCAAAUGCCUUACAGAGCCCACCGAGCCCUAUGACAUCGCUAUCAUCGGCGCGCCAUUUGACACCGCUGUGACGUAUAGACCCGGCGCACGAUUCGGUCCACGAAGUAUUCGUCACGCGUCAGGUCGUCAGCACUCGCUCCGCGGCUACAAUCCCCGAGCAGACAUUAAUCCAUAUCAAAACUGGGCCAAGAUCGUGGACUGCGGAGAUAUUCCUAUAACACCUAUCGAUAAUGAUAUAGCCCAGAAGCAGAUGACGCAGGCCCUGGAGCAAUUGGGAAUGCGCAGAACCGUGUCGUCUAUUUCCUCGAAGCCCAAGUUGUUCACGCUUGGUGGCGAUCAUAGCUUGACUUUGCCUGCCCUCCGGGCGCUGAAGAAGGUGUACGGAGAUCGUGAGAUCCAAGUCCUUCAUUUCGAUGCCCAUCUUGACACAUGGAACCCUCACGCAUAUCCGUCCUACUGGGGAACAACACCUUUCAACCAUGGAUCCAUGUUCUGGCUAGCCAACCAAGAAGGACUUCUCUCCAACUCGUCAUCUCACCCUUCAGUCCACGCAGGCUUGCGAACACGGCUCACAGGCAUCCAAGAUAAUGAAGACGACACUGCACAGAACUGGAUUCGUUUUUCAGCUGAUGAUAUCGACAAAAUUGGUACACAGGGUAUAAUCGAUGGUAUAAUGAAGAUUCUAGGCACUGAGAACUUGGUAUACUUGUCGGUGGAUAUUGACGUCCUCGACCCAGCUUUUGCUCCAGGAACAGGCACGCCUGAGCCUGGAGGUUGGUCUACCAGGGAGUUCAUAAACAUCCUUAGAGGCAUCGAGGGUCUGAACUUAGUUGGCGCUGAUGUAGUGGAAGUCUCCCCUAUUUAUCAAGGGGCGGGUGAAGAGACGACCUUCGCGGCUGCGCAGGUAGUUUAUGAGAUUUUGACGUCCAUGGUCAAGAGAGGGUUGCAGGAUCUGGGAAGGUCGGACAAGGCUAGUAAGGAUGAGCUAUAG